CUCAAUAGCAUAUACUGGAGGUGAAUAUUGUUAUUAUUUCUAAACUAAAGACGGAGCCAUAAGAGGAAGAGUGUGCAGCAGCUGGUGUAGUUGUUGCCGCCACCACCAGGGGGCCACCAGCCGGGGGAAAAUCACAAUGGCAUUGUCAGUGAUAAGGUGGGGGAUCCCCUCCCUGAGAGGGCUGUCUGGGCGCUUCUUGUCUUCUCCAACACCCAUACUCCGCCCUCAGGUGGCAACUAUAGUAAGUAAGACUUUGCGUGAUAAGGACUAUACACGCCCUAAACCGUACCCGUACAAGACAAGUAACUAUGGUUUUCUUCAAGCAGUGUUUGAUAAAACAACCCAUCGCUUUGAUGAAAACUCAAAAAUAAUUGUUGUGGAUGGUCCAAUCGCUGCUGGAAAAACUGCAUUUGCUAAGGAAAUAGCUGAUGAACUGGACAUGCUUUAUGUACCUGAAGCUAACAUGGACAUGUAUUAUAUAAACUCGUAUGGCUAUGACUUACGACAGUUGGAUGACCGCCUUCCAGAAUCAACAAAAUCCUUUGAUGAAAAGAACUUUCACCAAGAUCCAACCCACCUCAAUGCUGCUGGUUUCCAGUUUCAGAUGUUCCGCAUUCGUCUGGAGCAAUACAUUGAUACCCUUGCUCAUGUACUGAGCACUGGACAGGGUGUCGUGAUGGACAGGAGCGUGUACAGUGACUUUGUUUUUGUAGAAGCCAUGAGAAAAUUUGGCUUUUUAAGCAAGGCUGCUCAAAGUCUGUAUUAUGAGUGCAAAAAGUCGACUGUGCCAGAGCUGUUGCGACCUCAUCUUGUGAUAUACCUGGACGUGCCGGUUGAUAUUGUUCUGAAGCAGAUCAAAGAAAGAAAUCUUCCUCAUGAAGUUAACUCAAAAGUGUAUUCUCCAGAGUUCCUCUCUUUCAUGGAAAAUGUGUACAAGAACAAGUUUUUGAAAGAAAUGAGUGUACAUUCGGAACUCUUGCUGUAUGAUUGGUCAGAGAAGGGGGAGCCCGAGAUUGUUGUGGAGGACAUUGAGCGUAUCAACUUUGAUUUCGAUAAGAAUGACCCGAAGAUGGCCGACUGGAGAAAAGACGACGAAUGGGACUGGUGUGAGACACGUAUGAAGUAUACAAAGUUGAAACGUGUCAUCAUGCAGUGGAUGAAUGUCCCAGGCAUAAAUGUUCCUGAAUUGUUAGUAGAGGGCCAGGAUGUCAAGAUAUAUAAUGAUGUUGUGUAUUCCGCACCGGGCAUGAGGUAUGCCAAGGGCUUCAAUAAAGAUAUGGGAGAUAAGUUCAUCGCCACUAAAGUGAGGUUUGAGACCUAAAUAAGGGCCCCACAUUUAUGCUUUCUAUUUCAGUUGACAGCAUCAAAAAGGUUUAAAUCUAAUUGUCAUAAAUUUAGCAUUCUGAAAUUUUAGAUAUUUUGAGUGUGAAUGUUCAGCUUUAUGUAAAAUAUUGUACAGAUAUUGUAUAAAAAUAUAAUGUUA